CAUUUUCAGUCAUCAAUAUUCAAAUCCCUCGGAACCUGUAUAGUAUUCGUAUAUGCUCGCUGUGUGCCUUUUUUGAGAGGAAGUAACUUUAUCUGGGAAAAAAAGAAAAGUUUUUGUUUGCGUUCGAAGUGGAUAAAUCUAUGGAGAAUACCGUUACCCGACCAGAUGAAGACUGCCUGUCCAGAGCCCGGUCAAAGGGGCAGAGAACCAUAGAAACCACAUGCAUACCGUUUAUUUGGCAAAAGAUGGGACUGGAUUGCACGUCUGAAAAAACUUUACGAUAUACAUGUGCUGGAUUAGUCGCACUGACAAUUGUCCAGUCACUCCUCUUGCUCAUCAUGGCUGCAUCAUGGAGGGAACCUCCGCCAUUAGAGAGCAGCACAUACUGUGUUCCAUGCAAUGAUAUCACGCAACCAUACAAUGACACAGGAAACGUUAUUGAGACAUGGAGACAAAUGUAUAACGAUUCUGUUUGCUGUGGACCCAUUCGCAGAGUUAUGGAGCUUCGCAUGAAAAAAGAGAUGUCGAAGCAAUACUUCGAAAACGGACAAUCAAAUCCAAGUCAACUUGUUGGAGAAUCGUUUAUCACCGAUUGUGAAUGGGUGGAAUUCAAAACGCCUACAGUUAAACUAGUUGGAGUAGUAGAUAGUGUUCCAAGUAACAUAGUCCAAGGUCAUUCCAAACUUCGAUGGAACAAAAACGAAACCACAUUUACUGCAAACAAAAUCAGACAUCUCGAACUCGAGGGAGAGAUCUUCAUUGAUAAACCAGGCUUCUAUAUUGUGUCCUCGGCGCUAAAUGGUAAUGCCAGCAGAGGAACGAACAAUACAACAAGACUAUUCAGCCACAACAUUAAUUUACUGUCCCACAAAUUUGGAACAACUAGUACUCUUAUGCUACAUAAAAAAUCCAUCAAAGAAUCCGACGACGGCCUUUUUACAAGUUUUAUAUCCGCAGUUUUCAAACUCCAUAAGUACGAUAGGAUAUCUAUAUCUGUCAGCGACCCACACUAUUUAGCUCGUAACCUUUCUAAUGAUCAUUUUACUGCAUACUACACUUACGACAUGGACUAAAUUCGAGUUCUUUAUCGAAUUAUAAUUCGUUUAAAGUGUCCAUUACAAAAUAGUCUGUAUAGGACGUCACAGAUUAUAUUUUGUCUGUUUAAAGCUCCAAGUCUUGAUUUAUAAUUGUACUUACACUGACCCAACAUCCAUUUAUAAUUGGUUUUAACUCUUCCUGUAUUAUUAAGACAGAUCCAAGGUUUGAUUUACCAUUGUAUUUACACUGAUCCAUCAUCCAUUUAUUCUUCGUUUUAACCCAUCGCUGUUAUAUUAAGACAGCUACAAUGUUGGAUUUUCCAUUGUGUUUGACACCGACCCAACCAUUUAGCAAUAGUUUUCACGUUUUGCUCUGUUAUCAUGAUGGAUUCAAGGUCUGAUUUUUCAGUUGUGAGUUUGACACUGACAUAUUCAUUUUAUUAUGAAUACAUUUUUUAC